AUGCGCAACCUUCGCAAUGUCCGCUUUGGGCGGUGGAGCCAUCCCGAUAUCACAUCUGCCUGCUGGGACCCCGAGAAGGACGAAAUUGUUUGCACGAUUGGGCCGACAGUGGACAGCACGAGUAUUGAGCUGGUGAGGGUUUCGGAAAAUGAUCUCACAUCACACAAAUCAGUAGCAAGCUGGAAUGCUCCCAGUCCAAGUCCAGAUCUACCAGUAGACAAAGUUGUCAACAUCCAGUAUCUCAGCAGCUCAGGAACGACAUGUCUGGUUCUCGAAGGGGGAGACAUCAUUACCGUCCAAGAGGACCAAUUCUCAGAUGAUGGCGCUCACAUUGAGAUCAUGGGCUCCAUUGAUGCCGGUAUUUCUGCUGCACGAUGGUCCCCCGACGAAGAACUUCUCGUUGUGACCACCAAGGCAAAUACGGCUAUUUUCAUGGGCUCCUCCUUCGAUCCCGUGGCCGAAGUCACUAUGACGGCUGAUGAUCUCAAAGCCUCCAAACACGUCUCUGUUGGUUGGGGUAAGAAGGAGACACAGUUUCAGGGUCGAGGGGCUAAAGCACUGCGUGACCCAACCAUUCCUGAAAAAGUUGACGAGGGGUUGCCUAGUGCACAUGAAGAUGGUUCGACAACGAUUAGCUGGAGAGGCGACGGUGCCUACGUGGCUGUCAACUCGGUCCAGGAAGGCAGCAGACGAGUUGUCCGUGUCUACUCUCGAGAAGGUGAGCUAGAUAGCGCCAGUGAACCCGUUGAUGGGCUCGAAGGCGCACUUAGCUGGAGACCAUCUGGCAACUUGAUGGCGGGCAUCCAGCGACUGGCUGAUCGAAUCGACAUCGUCUUUUUUGAACGGAAUGGUCUUCGACAUGGCCAGUUUACCCUUCAAUCUCCCGAAGGCUCUAUUAUGUUUCACGAAAAGAUACGCUUAGAGUGGAACUCAGACUCAACUGUGCUAGCAGUCGCACUGAAAGAUAGCAUCCAACUCUGGACCAUGGGCAACUAUCAUUGGUAUGUAAAGCGAGAAAUCCCCAUUAGUGCCGAAUUUUUAUGCCUAUCGUGGCAUCCCGAAAAGGCCCUGCGAUUUGCCUCGGCUUCGUCCUCUGAGACAGCCAUCUUUGAGGAAGUCUUCCACACGGCUAGAGGGUCAUGCUUGCCACCAUAUGACAAUGGUGCCGUGGCAGUUGUCGAUGGCGAGACCGUUAAACUUACACCUUUCCGAACUGCAAAUGUGCCGCCGCCGAUGUCUCUAUUCGAUAUCACUGCCGAGUCGUCGGUAGUGGAUGUUGCCUUCGGGCGCCAGAACAUGUCAUUCGCCGUCUUGCACCGAAAGGGUAUUGAAAUCUACGACUGGCCAAUGAAGAAUGGACGCUCAAUCAAGCCCAAUCUAAAGUCCAAAUUGUCAUUCGCAUCCACCGGGGUUAGUGACAAAGUGGUUCCUCUACGCAUCUGCAGCACAUCAGGCAGCCAUUACCGGUGCCUCGCAUCAUCGGGAGACUCAGACCUGGUGCAUUUUGCAGUCAACGCCGACGCUGGCACGAUUGACAUUAUCAACAGCCAGGAAAACUUGGUUUCCACAUCAACCUAUGAAGAUGCGACGUCUGUAGAGAGCUACGGCCAGGAUAUUUCCGGAAACUUGUAUAAACUCUCCGAGACGUCGACCGACCUCCUUCCUCUCCAAUUUCCUACUCAUCUGCCCUGGUUUGAAAUCGUCAAAUUGGACGGAGAGUUAACCGCCUUUGGGUUGUCGAGAAACGGUCACAUUUAUGCCAAUUCCCGACUUCUAGCCAAAAACUGUACUUCAUUUGUCCUCACAGCCAGUCAUCUUAUCUUUACUACGAGCAAUCAUUUUGUCAAAUACGUGCACUUGGUGUCAAUUAUUGAGGAACUCGAGGUACCCGAAGAUGACCCCGAGAAAGACGAACGAUGCCGUAGUGUUGAGAGAGGAUCACGACUCGUUGUCGCCAUCCCAACGAACAUGAGCAUCGUUCUGCAAAUGCCCAGAGGCAAUGUGGAGACCAUCUUCCCUCGAGCCAUGGUAGUCGCUGGUAUCCGAAGCCUGAUCGAGGAGAAGAAUUACUCACGGGCGUUUGCGUACUGCCGUACACAACGUGUUGAUAUGAAUAUCCUAUAUGAUCACAAGCCGACGCAGUUUCUAUCCAAUGUCAGCCUAUUCUUGGAUCAGUUAAGUAACAUGACGUAUAUCGAUCUCUUUCUGUCAUCUUUAAGGGAGGAGGAUGUCACCGAAACAAUGUACAAGGAUACCAGGAGAUCACGAACCCAGCUCGGCAUUGAAACUGAACCAGUGCCAACCAAGCCCUCCUCCAAGGUCAACAUCGUCUGUGACGCCAUUCUCAAGGCCCUUCAGGCUCGCAAAGCCACCAAUGUCCAAAACAUCAUCACCGCACACGUCUGCAAGUCCCCACCCGCUCUAGACGACGGCCUCAUGCUCGUUGCCGAACUCAUGCGAGAAGAUGAAAAGGUGGCCGAGAAAGCAGUGGAACAUAUCUGCUUCCUCGUCGAUGUGAACCGCGUCUACGAAAAUGCACUGGGCCUCUACAAUCUCGACCUUGCUCUCCUUGUAGCACAGCAAUCCCAGCGUGACCCCCGAGAAUACCUCCCUUUCAUCCAGAAACUCCACGCUCUUCCUGAGCUGCGGCGCAAGUUCCAAAUCGAUGACCAUUUGGCCCGACGAUCAAAGGCCCUCUCACACCUCCAGGCCCUCGACGUCUUUGACGAGUUCUGCGUCUACACCACCAAACACUCCCUCUACCAAGACGCCCUCCGGAUCUAUCGCUACGAACCUACCCGUCUUCAAUCCAUUACCAAUCUCUACGCCGCACAUCUCGAAUCAAAAUCGUCCUAUCGGGAGGCCGGUCUUGCCUAUGAAUCCCUCAAAAACUACGCCAAGGCAACUAGCUGCUACCGCGCCUCGGGCGCCACCUGUUGGCAAGAAUGCCUCUACACCGCACAACAGCAAUCACCACCCCUAUCGGCAGAAGCAAUGACCGACCUGGCGACCAGUCUCGCCGACGCCCUUUGGGAAGCCAAGGACUACACUUCCGCCGCGACAAUCCACCUGGAGCACCUCUCCUCCCUUGAAACAGCCAUCAAGUGUCUCUGCAAGGGCUACCACUUCGCCGAAGCCAUGCGCCUCGCCGUUCAGAAAUCCUGUCCCGAACUCCUCGAAUCUGCCGUUGAUGUGGGUCUCGCCGAAGCGCUCGGAAGCACGACCGAGUUCCUCGCCGACUGCAAGGGCCAGCUCCUCGCACAAGUGCCCCGGAUCGCAGAACUGCGUCGCAAAGCCAUCGAGGACCCGCUAUCCUUCUACGAGGGCGAGAGGCCGGGCGGUAUGGAUAUCCCCGACGACGUUUCCGUAGCGGCUAGCUCGCGCAUAUCCACCAGCGCAUCCCUAUUCACGCGGUACACCGGCAAGGCAGGCAGCGUGGGCACCGUAGGAACAGGCGUAUCCCGCGCAACGAGCAAGAACCGCAGACGCGAGGAGAAGAAACGCGCCAGAGGACGGAAAGGAACCGUGUACGAGGAGGAGUACCUGGUGAAUAGUGUGCGACGGCUCAUCGAGCGUGUGAGCGGUACCAAACCAGAGGUAGAGAGGCUUGUGUUCGCCCUGGUAAGAAGGGGCAUGGCCGAGCGGGCGAGAGCAGCCGAGUCGUUGAUGAACGAUGUCGUGGAGGCGUGCCACACGGCGAUCUCGGAAGUGUUUGCUGCUCCCCCAGACAAUGACGACCAGCAGCAGCAUGUGGAGGGUGUGGGAGAAUUUACAUGGACGGCCAAGGGCGGCGAUGCCGUACUGCAAGAGUGGAUGGAAGGUCGGGCCAAGAAGCAGGAAGCUCCCGUUAUUACGGCUCUACAAAAGUUGACCCUGUUGGGAUAA